AUGGCGGAAUCGGAGAGCAAGGCGUCGUUGUCUGACGAUGAGCGAAAGGCGCUUUUCGACAUCUUGACGCACCACGAGACUUAUCAAGAGAUCGAAGACUUCAAAUAUCCAGGAGCGAUCCAUAAUUAUGGGCCACCCUUUCAGGAUGGUGUCAAGUCACCACAAUCUCCUGUCCUACAGGCUCUGGUGUCCAAGUUCUUACUGAACCUCCCUGGGUUGAAGGACGUCUCGCCACAGUUCUGGAAAGAUAGAGUCGAGAAGCUCGUCCAGGAACUCGCGGAAGCAGAGCUUAGCGAGAGUUAUGAUAAGGGAGUGCUAGGAAUUCGAAAGACCCUGGCCACUGCUAUAUCAGCCCUAAUCGAAUAUCCCGCACGAGGUGCACUGGGCGGGUUUCCCAAGCGGGAAAUCGACAAGUCACGAAAAUACGAUUCCUCGAAGCCGGAAGAUGUGCUACAAGCAUGGCGGGACUGUGUCCAGGAAAUCGUCUACGGGAGCUUGCUCGACGAGCUAUUCGUCAAAGUCGCAGAGACGGAAGAUCUCGGGCAGCAUGAACCAGUGGUUCAGGGCAUGCACGAGUUCAUCAUCGUCAAUCUCGCAUCGAUCAUGCACUACACCUUGAUCUUGUCACCAGAAGGGCCAACUAUGCUCAGGAUGAUCGAGAGUGUGCACAAUUUGAUCCCGUACAUGGUCAUCAGACAGACACUCAAGGUUGGCAACGUAGCUACCAUGUUAAGUGGUGUCAUGAAAGUCGUUCUCGCCAAAGCCAGUGUGGCUAGCGUCACCAACUGGAUAGGCCUCAGUUCUGGGGCUGAUGAGGGAAUGAACUUACUCCAACAAAUCAUAUCUCAAGUACUUGGCUGGGACAAGAGAGAGCUUCGGAAGCGUGCCGAGAAGAUCGAAAAGGACAAGAAGGCGCCUCCUAAGGAGGUUCUCAAAGAACUGAAAGACUGGAUUACUCGCGAUCGCAACGAGCAUGAGGAGUGUCGACGCCAGAGCCGUGAGCAAGAACGAUCUAUCGUCGCAGUCAUCCUCUCGCUGUCAUCGGUAUCGGCAGACUUGAACGAAGCGCAGCAUGAGAAGGCGCUGGCGUAUCUAUCGCUGAAUCUGGCUGUACGAGAUCGACAAGAGAUCGUUCGAGUUCUGUGUCAGCGGAAUCCAGACAUCCUCACAGCAGCGAUCAGGGACGCCGUCGAUGCAUACACGCCGAUGAUACGGCACGUACACCAAGCUGUCAACCUGAGCGAUACCAUGUGGGACUUCGAGCGUUUCGUGACAGAUAUGCUGAAAAUUGCCAAGCCAAGCGGUCCAAAAGGUUCCGAAAAGCCUCCAUCUGUGGAGGCAUUUGUCGAUCUUCUCCAUCGCCAUCAAAGCAGCAGCCACAAGUUCUUGCACCAGGUGGCUGUCAACGAUAAGGAACUACUAUCUUGGUGGAAGGACUACGCUCUGUCAGCAGCGGGCAUGUUCCGAAGCGAUGAGAAGCCACCUGCCAGUGGCUCCGUUGUGUCUGACACGAUGGUGACGGGCGGUGUCGAGAAGAUGCUGGAUGCGGAGUUUGCACGUCUUAGUGAAUCAGACCAGGAGGCCGUGAGGGAAGAAGUCAAUGCUCAUCGCAAAUAUGUUGACGACCUGCAUACCGCAUCUGCUUCCCGCGUGAGUGCUGUCAUCAAACGAGAUCAGGCGACGCCGUUUGGACCUGGAGCCUAUCUUGCACGAUGGCAGCAGCUUAUGGAUGACACUUUGAUCACACCCGCAACUCUCAAAGGACCAGUUCGACGAGGUGGAAGCAAAGGCGUCAAGGACGACAGCAGAAAGGACAUCGAGGGUCAAGACGCUGGAUUUGUGUCUGAAGAGAAGGUUCAGAAGACUGUUGGUGAAAAGUUACCAACGCCGCCUAAGACCGAAGCCAGCUUGAGGCAUUUCAGGUCUAAAUUCAAGGAGGCGCUCGCUACUGGGUAG